AUGGACAGAGCCACCCGCAAGCAAGAUGUUGAACAAGCUUACGAGCUGCAGACCAAGGCAGGCCUGGAGGGUGCAGCGAGGGCGACAAUGCUCGGCACUGGACUAGCCGUGUUGGGCCAUUAUACUUGGCCCACCUUCCGGCGGCAGACGUUGCCUUUCAAGGGCUUCCUAGUCACUAUCUUCACCGUCUUCGGGCUCGUCAUAGGCGCGGAGAACGCCUUGUUGGCCCACGAAGCUGAGCGCCGCUCGACCGAGGGUGCGAUCAGAAAGGAGGCACGAAUAGACCUCGCACGGCGCGGGCUAGUCGCAACGGAGACAGAAAUUGCGAAGUGGAAGGCGGAGCGCUUUGCUGCCCAGCAGGCCUCGAGGCCGUCAUGA